AUGGCGCUGUAUAUGGUUACUGUGACGCGCACAUCCCGUGCGAUACAACAAAAACUCCUUAUUUGGCAUGUGAUCCCGUCACCAGCACGUGCAUCAAUUGUCGUCAGACACGGCAACAUCGAAUCAUCAAUGGAUUUUGUAUGAAAGAUGGAGCAAUUGGUGGAUUUUGUAGUCAAGAAAUAUCCUGCACGAAAUCUGGGAGUAGUUGUGACGCAGAAUUUAACACGUGCAUAUCGUGCACUAUGGCUGGCUACCGUAGUGUGAAUGGAUACUGCCUACAAGACGGUGUAUUUGGCGGAUAUUGUGAUACCGUAGUCAACUGUACCGACGGAACAGGUUGUGGGCCCGAAUCUCAUGUCUGUGUAAAUUGUUCGUCUAACGGUUAUCGGGUUUUACCUGAUGGGUUUUGUAGGCAAGAUGGAUUGAUUGGCGGGUAUUGUGACGCAAAUAUUUCAUGUUUGACAUUUUCUGGCGCAUGUGAUCCGGCAACCAGUCUAUGUAGCACGUGCUAUGCUGGACAUAGUAUCAUUAACGGAUAUUGUUACAAAGGUAAGUUAAAUCUUCUUUAG